UGCAGCUGGGGAUGGUUCCACCUUAACAGUCUAAAGAUCUAUGAAGUUACUGAGCAAUUCAAGAAAUGGAUUUGAUGAUGAAUUUGGCCGCACACCUUAACAACGAUGAACUAUAAUAAAUGGAAAUCUGGUUCCUCUCAAGAUACAGCAUGUCAAAGGAGAAGGAGUCCAAAUGGACAGAACACUCCGAGCCCAAACACCUUCCCAUUUAUCAGCACAGACACAAACUAAUAGAAGCUGUGAAGGAAAACCAGUUCCUGGUUGUAACUGGUGAAACCGGAAGCGGGAAAACCACGCAGCUGCCGCAGUACCUGUACAAAGCCGGUUUCUGUCAAAAUGGGAAAAUCGGUGUCACACAGCCGAGAAGAGUGGCUGCCAUCACCGUCGCUCAAAGAGUUUCUCAGGAGAUGGAGGUCAGUUUAGGGCACCAGGUUGGUUAUCAGGUUCGAUUUGAUGACUGCACUACAAAGGACACUUUGAUUAAGUACAUGACAGAUGGCUGUAUGCUGAGGGAAAUCCUUACAGACUCAAGUUUAACGCAGUACAGUGUUGUGAUCCUCGAUGAAGUUCAUGAGAGAAGCCUCAACACGGAUAUUUUAUUGGGAUUACUGAAGAAGACUCCGUCUCGAGGCUCACAUGGCCGCACGCUUCCUCUGAAAGUGGUAGUGAUGUCUGCCACUCUGGAAACAGAUAAGCUGAGUGGAUUUUUAAAUGGUUCUCCUGUAUUUGUGAUUCCGGGAAGAACCUACCCUGUGAAAGAACUGUUCUGCAAUUUGAUUGGACCAAAGGAAAAAGAUGGUUCUGCGUAUGUGAAAGCAGUGGUGAAGGUGGCUUUAGAAGUUCAUACUAAUGAAGCGGCUGGUGAUAUUCUAGUCUUCCUGACUGGUCAGUCUGAGAUCGAGAAAGCCUGUGACAUGCUGUUUGAAAAGGCAGAGUCCAUAGACUAUCGUUAUGAUGUGAAUGAUAAAACAGUCGAAGGCCUUCUUAUUCUGCCUUUGUAUGGAUCCAUGCCGACAGAUCAGCAAAGGCAGAUAUUUCAGCCUGCUCCUGCGGGUGUGAGGAAGUGCGUAGUGGCAACCAACAUUGCAGCAACAUCGCUCACAAUUAACGGAGUCAGGUAUAUUGUGGAUAGUGGAUUCGUGAAACAGUUGAAUCAUAACUCACGAGUUGGCCUGGACAUCCUUGAUGUGGUGCCAAUAUCAAAAAGUGAGGCCCAGCAACGAGCAGGCAGAUCUGGUAGGACUGCACCAGGAAAGUGCUUCAGAAUCUACAAUAAGGAAUUUUGGGAGAAAUGUAUGCCUGAAUAUACAGUUCCAGAGAUACAAAGAACUAGUCUCACUUCUGUUAUCCUCACCCUCAAGUGUCUCGGAGUUCAUGAUGUCAUAAGGUUUCCCUACCUAGACCAUCCGGAAGAGAGGUUUAUCCUGGACGCAUUGAAGAAGCUUUACCAGUUUGAUGCAAUUGACAGGAAGGGUAAUGUGACCAGUCUGGGAAGGCUGAUGAUAGAGUUUCCUCUUCCUCCCGGCCUCACUCGUGCUCUGCUCAGAUCUGCUGCUGUUGGCUGUGAAGAGGUCAUGCUUCCCGUGGCAGCCAUGCUGUCAGUGGAAAACAUCUUCAUCCGACCAGGUCACCCGGAAAAACUAAAGCAGGCUGAUCUAAUGCACAGCGAGCUAGCAGCUAGUGCAGGUAGCUGUAAUGAUUUCCUUAUGCUGCUCUGCAUCUUUGAGAAAUGUCGAGCCAGCGAAAAUCCAUCUAAAUGGAGUAAAGACCACUGGAUCCAUUGGCGGGCUCUCAAGUCAGCCUUUAGUGUCGAAACUCAACUCAGGGAAAUACUUCUCCGUCUGAAACAGCAAAAGGAUUUUCCCGAGACAUUCACAGGCAACAACAGUGAACUUCUGAGGCAGUGUCUCUGCCAGGGUUAUUUCACAAAUGUGGCAAGGAGAUCUGUUGGAAAGGCUUUCUGUACUAUGGAUGGCCACGGCUCUACAGUUCAUAUUCAUCCAUCAUCAUGUCUUUUUGGGCAGGAGACACAGCUAGACUGGAUCAUUUUCCACGAUGUCUUGGUCACAUCACGGGUUUACGUGAGAACUAUUUGCCCAAUCCGAUAUGACUGGGUAAAGGACCUGCUGCCAAAGCUGCACGAAAUCGACGUUUAUGAUUUGAGCAGCGUCGCUAGGGAGGAAGUAACCGAUGAGGAAAUGGAACGGUGGGAAAAGAAAAGAGCAGCACAAAAACAAGCAGAUGGCUUUGAGGAUGCUCUGAAAAAGGUCGAGAAGAGAAACGAUGAAAGCUCCAUCACAGAGGCCCGUGCUCGAUAUUUACAAAGAAAACAAAAUCGACUCCAGACAAAACAAUCCUGAAAGGCGAAUGUUCAUAUUUUUAGAAAAGAAAAUGGAUUUACAAUAUAUAUAUAUAUAUAUAUAUAUAUAUUUUUUUUUUUU